GAUCGUGUCGCCAAUGGCCAGGGUGGGGAGAGAGGCAGCACUCAUUCUGAUCUCUCGGUGUUGGUUUCCUUCAACUCGUUUCUGUUUCUACUCCAUUAGCAACAGAUCCAAGCUCGAGUCUGGAAUUAACAUGGCUUAAUCAUGUUAGGAGCAGCAGUACGGCAUGGAGGAGCUGCAGCAAAUGCUACCGGAGAUGGCACAGGAUUUUGGCUCACCUUCUUGGCCUUGUUGGUCUGCUGAUAGAGGAUCCUCGCGAGCUUCGAAGUGGUUUGCAGACGACAUGGCAAGGGCGGGAGAACAUGAGCUCGUUGUCUCCCUCUGCAUCUUUUGUCGUCGGCUGCAACAGAUCGAAUGGCACCGCUCCACGCAUCCGUCGCCCGCCGCCCUUUACACCUCCUCCCCCGGUGGUGCCGUGUUAUCCCUCCAUGGAUUGGCUCCUCAUGAAACCUCCACCAGCUGUAAAAUACCAUCUCCACCAACACUUCUGUCCGCGCUGCCUGAGAGCGCCCAAAAAGCACCCAGCCGUUACAGAACGGCAGCUCCUUGUUUCCUUGCCCCAUUCCACCGCUUUGACCUAGUGGGGUUUGCCUUAUCUUGGUCCAUCCCCGGCCAAUUUAGUUGCUCCCCAAAACCAACCCCCACUUCCCCUCCUCCCCUUCCAUUCGAUGCUGCCAUCCGCGCGGUCCGUCGCUUUCUUCGCCGUGCUCCUGCUAGGGUUGCUCGUCUCCGGCGUGUUGACGCCCGUGGCGCUUGAUCGGUCGGCGGAGAGCGAAUCUUGGGGGACCGCACCUGCCGCCGCUGCUUCUGCUUCCCCUCUUCUUUCUCCUCCUACUCCUUGGCUUUCUCUUCCUGCUCCGCCUACUAGCGAGAUCUUCCAGGAAAAAAAAUGGACCGACCGGCCAUUGUCGGGGGAUUUGGUACCGGUCGAGGAGUCUCCUCCUUUUGUCCCGGAUCCCAAAUCGGCGUUGCUAUUGAGUUCGGCUGAAAGUAAGGAGGGCAGAUUCUUCCUCGCUUUGCCAAAUGGUACUAUCUAUUUCAUGAAUAAAUCUACAAAACCUCAGUGGGAGCUUUUGAUAGGGGUGCUACUAUCAUAUUCAUGGAGAUGUCCUUCAAAUGAUGAUCCUGAUUAUAUUGUGUUUUCUGAUAGCAAUGGGGAACUUUAUGAAUAUAGCAAGGAUGCUGGCAUAAGGAAACAUGACUGGACAGUGGAGGAAUAUAUGUCCAGAGGGCACCUGUGGUUGAAGGAUCAGUUAUCACCACUAGGCCAUGGCUUGUCAACGCAAUCUAUUUAUGGUCAUAGUUGGCUAUUUAUUCUCUCUGUGCCUAUAUUUGCAUUUUGCUGUUUUGGGUUGAGAAAGCUGUUCAAGAAUGAUAAAAAAUAUAAUGAUUUGAAGGAAAAGCAAUCUGUCGUUCCUAAGAAGAGAAAAUCUCGGAAGUCUGGAAAGUUGAAAAAUGCUACCAUCAGUGUUAGUCAUGACAGACAUACUUUAUCCAUGAAACAGAAUGUUGAAACCAAUGGGCAUAAUCAAAUUCAGGUCAAUGGAAGUUAUUCAUUUAUACCUGAUGGUGAUAGUGAUGGGCGUUGGGUUGGAAGACUUUUUGUUACAAAUAUUGAAAUCGGUCACGGGAGCAAUGGUACAGUCGUCUUUGAAGGAUUUUUUGGUGGUCGUCCAGUUGCUGUAAAACGGCUUCUUCGUGCACAUCAUGAUGUUGCCUUUAAAGAGAUUCAGCAUCUUAUUGCCUCUGAUCGACACCCAAAUAUUGUUCGGUGGUAUGGAGUAGAACAAGAUUUGGAUUUUGUGUAUAUCUCACUGGAGCGUUGUAUUUGCAGCCUAAGUGACUUAAUAUGCAUAUGCUCAGAUUCUUCUUCACAUUCAGUAUCUGUGGAAAAUCAAACUUCAAACUCUGUGGUUGAAGAUAAAGUUCAAUUAAGCUUGGUGAAAGGUAUCAGAAAGGAUGUUAACUUGUGGAGAUCAAAUGGGCUUCCUUCAAGCCAACUCUUAAAGAUAAUGAGAGAUGUAGUUUCUGGCCUUGCACAUCUACAUGAACUUGGAAUCAUACACCGGGAUCUAAAGCCUCAAAAUGUGCUAAUAAGCAAUGACGGACAUCUUAAUGCCAAGCUUUCUGAUAUGGGUAUAAGCAAACGCCUACUUGAAGACAUGUCUUCAUUGAGCCGUAAUGCUACUGGAUAUGGUACCUCUGGUUGGCAAGCACCUGAACAACUUCUUCAUGGGCGUCAAACACGAGCUAUGGAUUUGUUCAGUUUGGGUUGCAUACUAUUCUUUUGUAUUACCAAAGGAAAACAUCCAUUUGGCAAUCAUUUUGAAAGGGAUGCCAACAUUAUUCACAAUCGCAUGGACCUCUUCUUGGUGGAUCAUAUACCAGAAGCUGAACAUUUACUUUGUCAACUGUUACAGCCUGACUCAAAGAUGAGGCUGAAUGCGGUAGAAGUAUUGUGUCACCCUCUUUUUUGGAGUUCUGAGACACGACUUUCAUUUUUACGAGAUGUAAGCGAUCGUGUUGAAUUAGAAGACAGAGAAAAUGAAUCGGAGCUGCUAAAAUCAUUAGAAAAUAGUGCGCCAAAUGCAUUUGGUGGGAAAUGGGAUGAUAAGUUAGAUGUUGCAUUCAUUACAGACAUGGGUUGUUACAGAAAAUAUCGUUUCGAUUCCAUACGUGACCUUCUACGAGUAAUAAGAAAUAAGUUGAAUCAUUACUGGGUACUUCCAAAAGAACUCCAGAAGGAGCAUUUUUCACUUCGGCUUCAACUGUAUGAAAAAGAACUUGAAUUGGAUAUACUUGUUGGGAAACUCUUGGACCUGUUCCUCAAGGAUUUGAUAUGUACUUUGCAAGUCGAUUCCCAAAGCUCCUAAUUGAAGUCUACAAAGUGGUUUACCGAUUCUGUAAGGAAGAGGAUUACCUUAGCAAGUAUUUCCAAAGCAGCAGCCUUCUGUAGAUUCAGAUCUUCUGCUCCAAAGACUUGAACCAACGGAUUUGACUCGACAAUGCUGAUCAUUGUUGUAAAUAUUUUCGUGUUGUAAAACUAAUAUGAGAAGUGCUUGUUUUGUUCUCUCUAUCUCUCUCUCUUCAUUUGGCGAAGGAGGUAGGACUUCUUUUGCUUCUACUAGUAUCGAUUUUAGUUCUAAUCCAUGAUCGGUAGAUGUUUCUUCUCAUCUCUGUAUUGGAUGAUCUUUGAGUGUCGUUGGAUGAAUUGAAUGAGGCAUCCUUCCUCUUUCAUUAGGAUGCUUGUCUUCUUAGUUCUUGUAUAAGCGUAGAGUAGAUCGGUGCGUUCUUUGUGUA